AUGGGAAACGGCGCAGGAGACCUGCCGCCCGGUUUCCGCUUCUUCCCCAGCGACGAGGAGCUCGUCGUCCACUUCCUGCACCGAAAGGCCGCCCACCUGCCCUGCUAUCCCGACGUCAUCCCUUCUCUCGACCCCCGUCACUACGAUCCAUGGGAUCUUAAUGGUUUGAUCCAAUGUUCCCUCGGUCACCAUGAAGAGGAGCUCAUCUGCUUUCAUAUUCCUGUCUCUACAAUCCAAAUACUAAACGUUUCUCAUUUCUCUUCUCCCUCUUUUGUGCAAGUGAAGGAAAAGCUCUCCCGGGAGGCAACCAGUGGUACUUCUUCACUCGCAGGGCUCUAAGUCGGGUCUGGGCCAGUGGGUACUGGAUGCCCACCGGAGUCGAGAAACCCGUCACCAGCGCCGGCAGGAACGUAGGGAUCAAGAAGUACCUUGCCUUCUACGCCGGGCAAGCCCCGGUGGGGAUUAAAACCAACUGGGUGAUGCAUGAAUAUCACUUGCUGGAUUGUCCCGGCGGCACAAGCGCCGACGACAGCGGCUGGAGACCGUCCAAGACGAGCGGACACCCAGAAGUAGUGAGCCCUCUUCUUCAUCUCACAGACUUAGUUAGAUUCGUCCGUCCUUUGAGUCUUCAAUCCCGUUCUUCUGAUCGAUUCAGCCCCUUUCUUUGAUCAUCUAGGAUUUCAAUGAAUGGGUCCUUGGCCGAGUGUAUGAGUCGGACUUCGGCUCGCAGUCAAGCUUCUACGACGAUGGAACGGAGCUCUCCUGCCUGGACGAGAUGUUCUUAUCAUUAGAUGAUCUCGACGAGAUUAGCUUGCCCAAGUAG